UGCACUUCCGAUACCCACCAGCUUUUGUCGCACGGAUGGGCUGUGUGUCAGUGUGGGUGGGUGGACUGUCUGUCUGGGUAAGACUUGUCUGCAUCGUGGGACCACUUGAAGGUUGAAAGGCUGCCCUGCGCUUGUGUAGGAUCCUGUGGGCACUGAAAUCCGACGUCCUCAUGCCCAUUUCCUGUAAUGGACAAACUUGAUGCUAAUGUGAGUUCCAACGAGCGUUUCAGGUACUCAGAGAAGGUCGCGCUGCUCAUGUUCCUUGCAGUGGUUAUCCUGAUGGCCAUCCUAGGUAACCUGCUGGUGAUGGUGGCUGUGUGCAGGGACAGACAGCUCAGGAAAAUAAAAACCAACUAUUUCAUUGUGUCUCUUGCCUUUGCCGACCUGCUGGUUUCGGUGCUGGUGAUGCCCUUCGGUGCCAUUGAGCUGGUCCAAGACUUCUGGGCUUAUGGGGAGAUGUUUUGCCUGGUCCGGACCUCUCUGGAUGUCCUGCUCACCACAGCAUCGAUCUUUCACCUCUGCUGUAUUUCUCUGGACAGGUACUAUGCCAUCUGCUGCCAACCUUUGGUUUAUAGAAACAAGAUGACCCCUCUACGCAUCGCAUUAAUGUUGGGAGGCUGCUGGGUCAUUCCCAUGUUUAUAUCUUUUCUCCCCAUAAUGCAAGGCUGGAACAACAUCGGCAUAGUUGAUGUGAUAGAGAAAAGGAAAAUCAACCACAACUCUAACUCCACAUGUUGUGUCUUCAUGGUCAACAAGCCCUACGCCAUCACCUGCUCUGUGGUGGCCUUCUACAUCCCAUUUCUCCUCAUGGUGCUGGCCUAUUACCGUAUCUACGUCACUGCUAAAGAGCAUGCCCAACAGAUCCAGAUGUUACAACGGGCAGGAGCCACCUCUGAAAGCAGGCCCCAGCCAGCUGACCAGCACAGCACACAUCGCAUGCGGACAGAGACCAAGGCAGCCAAGACUUUAUGUGUUAUCAUGGGCUGCUUCUGUUUCUGCUGGGCCCCCUUCUUUGUCACCAAUAUUGUGGACCCUUUCAUAGACUACACUGUCCCCGACAAGGUGUGGACUGCUUUCCUCUGGCUUGGCUAUAUCAAUUCGGGGUUGAACCCUUUUCUCUAUGCCUUCUUGAAUAAGUCUUUCAGACGUGCCUUCCUCAUCAUCCUCUGCUGUGAUGAUGAGCGUUACAAAAGACCCCCCAUUCUGGGCCAGACUGUCCCCUGUUCAACCACAACCAUUAAUGGAUCCACUCAUGUGCUAAGGACUUCUGAAUAUGACACAUACUUGCAGUUUUUGGGUUCUGAUACAGUCUCCAUAAGGGGAUGCAGUGGAAUGUGGUGGCCAGUGGGAGAGUCGGUGUCACCUCACGGCAACUUCUCCUUUGGUGGCUGCUCAGCCCAGUGAUACUUAGGCCCCUGGGACAAUGACCUAGAAGACAGCCGUGGCUUGAAAGGAAGCCAGUCCUAAGCUGCUACUUGUGUGUAUGUGGCUGCCCCUGGCACUCUCUUCUCCAAGGCUUUCCAAGAGCAUGAGGCAAUCCGCGCUGGACUUUCCCGCCAGGAUUCCAGCAGGCGGGAUUUGAGGAAGUCAGGGGGAGAGAAGGGCUUCCUCUGUCGCUUUCUGUUUCUCAACAACUCUCCUUCUUGGAGUCUCCACUCUUGUUUAGUGGUCCCUGAAGUCCAUGACCUAGUCUCCUUGCUGUUUCCAGUCUGUCCUAUAAACGUUUACUGUGUUCGAUUUUCAGUUUCCAAACAUGCCUUCUUUGAAGUGUCAUCUUACAGAUACUGUCGAAACAUGUGCUUGUCUUGAUCACAUUUCUUGCUUGGUCACAUCUACCAUAGCUGUGUUCAGACACUCCGCCCUCCUUUCUUUGCUCUCUUCUCUGCUGGGCACUUGUACACUUUCUUCCCUUUGUCUAGAUGUAGACAAGCAUCCUCUUGACCAACCCUGUGUCAGUCAUGGAGCUCUGUUUUCUUUUUCUGUUUAGUGUUAAUGUUCUCUUCAGGACAGGCUCCAUCAUUCAUUUGCCAUUGGAGACACAGAAGAGAGGAUCUGUCAGUGGAAAAUGGUCUCUGCAGAAAUCCUGGAGGGAAGUCCAAGACAGCUUCCCCCAGUACCAGGACCAUAUCUAUCUCAUCUGAGAGAUUUUACUUUCCUUUCAGCUUUGAUAGAACACCUAAAGAGCCUUAGGCAGGGCUGGUGCUGUCACAGGCAUCUAUUAAGAGAUGCUGGGACUUUUCUAUGAGCUUGUGGUGAAACACACAGUAAGUAGCAGCUCAAAACCUCAGAAUGUGGCUUUGCUGCUUCCAGUGGACAGAACUGAUGGAUGCUCACCUUGUGGAGCUUUGAUACUCUUGCUAUGUUCUAGGUGGAGAGGUCCAGAGUCCAGAGAUGCUUGUAAUGAGAAAACAGAGGACCCAAAUGUCAGCCCAGGCCCUACUUCUAAAAUGCUGUGAGACCACGAACAAUGUCUUUCCAUCUAUGAAUUUCACUUUCUACAUUGCCAAACUUAACUUGGGGCGGGGGGAGUCUUUAAGAUUUCUGUCCAUUUCUAAGACAAUAGGAUGCUGCUAUAGCCUGCCAUCUGCUACCUCGAAAACUCAUGGCCUGCCUACCUGUUGGCUUUGUUUCAAAGGAAUGGCCCUCCUGAUUUGGACAUUCUAGACUUCUGACUUGAUCAUCUAGGCCUUUCCAGUGAACCUGGUAUGUCUUUCACUCAAAGCAGAGUUCAUGGUUUGUCCCAUCUACCCGAGAGCAAAGGUUCUUAGCGAGGGAAGCACCGCUUCUCAGAGCCAGGUGAUGGUUCAGCUUUCACCUCGACUGUGGCUUGCUUCUAUCUCAGGACUAUGUACUGCACCGCUCUCUGGAGCUUCUUGUGGAGUGGCACUUGCUCUUCCUGUCAGCAUUGAUGUUCAUUCUGGAGCUGAACUGGGCAGGAAACAGACUUUGGAACGAGGAAGAGAUGAUUGCUCAAACCAGUCAAACGCCACAAAAGAAGUCUCUGUUAUGUGAAGACUUACAUUUUCUUGAGUCCAAGCCUUAGCCAAAGGAAGUAGACACUGAGAGAGAACUCCUAUAUGCUGCUGAGAAAAAAAUAAAAAAUAAAACAGCUCUGUGCUAAGAAAUAUUGCAUGGUGAGAUGGUUCGUGUCAAAACUGACCCAGUGGAGCAGUUCUCACUGGAGGCCUCUUCUUGUCAACCACAAAGAGAGUUGAAGCAUUACCUUGCAUACUGACUCUGUAACAGGAUCAGUUCCCUUUGAUUUGUAAUUCCUUGCUUCCCUGCCAUGGCUAGGCUCAGCACUCAUUUGGAGGCAAGCAGUGUUUUUGAGGCUGGUUCUUUUCUAAUAGAAAAGAUGAGACACAACCAACCUGCCUCAGCUGACCAUAGGCCCACCCCGUCAAUGAAUGUGGUCCAGAAGGAGUGGCUCAGACACCGAGUCAGUGAUGGACUGGCUGAGUGGAUGGAAUUGAAAAAUGGAUGAUGCGAGCCUCAGAAACGCUUCCGUGUACUCCAUAACAGUUGAUGUGGAGAGAGAUUGGUGUUUAUGGGUGGAAACAUUUUGUAAAAUACAAAAUGACAGCUCAUAUAUUUGUUGUUAUUAUUAUUAUGGAUAUUUUGAAUUACUGUAGAUGUGCUUGAGCUCUCAAGACCAUUUUUUUUUUUCAAUAAGAAAUGAGAUCAAUUUAGAGUGAGCUUUCUGUGUUGGAAAAAAAAAAACCAAGAGCGACUCUUGGGUACCAACAUGCCCCUGGGUACUCCUCCUUUCUUAUUUGCUUCUCAUUGGUCGCUCAGCCCACACAUUUAUAUAUCACCCUCCAUUUAAAGAGAUUUCUUUGUUCUCAAAGGGAUGAAUAGAGAAAGAGCUUGUGGGCAAGUUUUGGUAAGAAUGAUUCUAAUUUUAUAUGCAACUUCAUAGUCUCAUGAGCUAAGUUCAUAUACUUGCUCCUCAUAUAAAGACAUAUUUCAAAAAAGUUCCCUGUCUAUAAAAUUAAUUCCCACCUUAUAAAUAAGAUAUAUGCACAGUAUAUCUUUAUUUAAUAUAUAUACAUAUACAUUACAUAUGUACAUAUACAUAAUAUAUAUUAUAUUAAAUGUGGACAAAUGUAUGAAUGGCCAGCUGACAAGAAUGUUACAUAAUGGGUCACUAAGUUACUGAACAAGGAUAGACUUUUUUUUCGACAUUUCCUGACCUGAUGAUAGUCUAUGAAGCAGUUGUUGACUACAGCAUAAUGUCAUCUUAUCUAAUACCUUCAUUUUGUUUACAGUUUCUGCAAGCAUAGUUACAAAUGGGGCCACUUGUAUCAUUUCUACUUCAAUGAAGCCUCUAGUGUAAUCAAUCCAGUAAGAACAUGUGUGCCUGCUGUAGAGAGCAUGAAGCUUAAAUCUUACGAUAUUAGGGGUUGGUGAGUUCUGACCAUGGUGUUAUUUUGGUGUUAUGAACUGGUUGGCUAUAGUUGUGGUUUAUUGAAGCUAAUAUUUUUAAGAUACUAAGAGCCCUGAUUAUUACCUUGUUUCCAUGGAAGGCCUCCUUGGUUUUACGACAGAUCCUUUUUGAUGCAGUUUCCAAGAAUAUGUUCUUGGAAAACAUGAGGACCUGCACAGGUUUUUUUUUUUCACUGAUUAACUAUAUUUAUUGAUAAAAUAUUGGCAUACAUACACGUGUUUGUAUGACUCCACUGUACAUGUUUAAGCAAGUUAUACAUGAAGACAAAUCUUAAGUCAUAAAAGAAAUAAUUGAGUUUUGAGUAUACAAUAAAAUGCCAAAUAUAAGCCAUGUGUGCCAGUGGAACAUCUCUCUGUAACCCUCAGAACCAGAUCAUCCCCUGGAAGCUACUGUCAACUGGAACUGGAAAUUUUCUCUCUUCGAUAUCAAUUCUCCUUAAGAUAAGCCCAGAAUCCUGGGUCUCUUAAGAAAUGUGAUUCUACCUGCCUGUCUGCCUGUCUGUCACCUUUAUUAAGGCCUCAAGCACUAGGAUAGAUUUCUCUGACAUUGUCAUCCUGUGGCCAUAGUGUGGGCAUACAGCUCAGACAUACUAAAGACAGGAACUAUAGGGAGUCCUUCACAGCAGCGUGACCAUGACAUUUGCUUACAUGCUGGAUUGAAAUGAUUAAGCAUGUCCCUCCUUGCUUAGAACAAAUUUUAAAUACAAGAAACCAAUCUGGAACCUGACCAACUCCCUUCAGGACAAGUUAUAUUUUGACAAAAUUUUAGUCCCAGCUUUUCUGAUUUAUGACAUUGUAAAGACUUCCACAAACUGGGGCAGAGUGUGGAAUAAGCCCCAACUCCUGAUACGAGUGCUCAUGAAGUCACUUGUAGUUAUUCCUCUUCAACCUGGCAAAGCAAACAAGAUAGUCUGGAUUUUGUCAUUUCUCUUUGAAAUUCUUCAGUCAUCCUACUGCUCCACCUACCUAUUCCUGGGCACUUCCCCACCCCGACUCCAACCCUGCCACCAUCUCUCUUGCAUG